AGGUGUCACAACAUGAGAAAACGAAUCUUAUGACGAUUCAAAACUUGGCCAGUGUUUUCGCUCCAAAUGUCUUGCGGCCGGUGGAUUGUGAUUUGGACGUUGAAAUGGCCGCUUCCCCCAUCAUAUCGCUGACCGUAGCGGAACUUAUUCGUUGUCAUGCACAGCUUUUUCGAUUGCACCUUGCUCCACGUCGUUUCGCGGCUGCUAAUGGUUCGGUUGUCUCUACACAACGGCGGCAAAAGUUGGUCCGAAGACGAAGGUCACAUCAUACAGCUGACACAAUACUACUCCCACCUCCGCCUUAUCACACUCCACCGCAGCCUAUUUUGGGGCACAGGGCACCAGAAUCUAAUGGUGACAUCGAGGAUAAUUGUAGAUCGUGGAUUCAGCGACCUGCUCAGCAGAAAUUCAGGGCGAUCCCAAGGGACUGGCCGCCCGGAGUAGAUCCGAAUAUCCCUCCUGAAUUAUGUAGGCAAAUGGACGUAUGGAACGAGAAGACCGGAUAUUCUGACAAUACUGGAAAGCUUCAUUUUAUAGGAACUUAUGAUAAUAUCAUGCCGGAAAAUCUUUCUGUACAAACGCCAUAUCCAGCUGUUUCAACCUUCUAUGAAAGAGACUCGAGACUACCCUACGGCCCUAGGGAAAUCUUCGAGAAUUUACGGCCAACAAAUCACGAUAACCUUACCUUUUCUUUGGACAAAUCCCACUCAGAUUCAUUGCCGCAUCCAAGGAUGAACCGCUCAGUUACAGCUCACUCUCAUCUCAAUGGUAUCCAACGUUCCACCCAGCAUCAGGAUCGGCGGCCGUGCAAUGCUCCCGCCGGUUGUGGGGUCGUAACCCAAGCGGAUGACAGCGCGCUCUCCUCCUCCUACAGCAGUGAUUUCGAGUCUUUACGAUUGUGGCACGACAAAACAAGACUAUCAAAUAGGACAGUGAACUCCCCAAUCCGAACAUUUACCUUGAACACCCACACAGCACCUCACAACUUUGUCGAAUAUCCGGCCUACAGCAAAAUUUCUACAGUGCCGUUCCUAACCCAAAAGCCUUACUCCGACAGCGAUGCAUCUCUUGAUCGAUGUGUCAAGCCCGACCACAAAGCUUCAACCUUAAUUCCCGGAUGUACUGCAGUCAACCCUAUCUCAGCCGAAGAUCAGACCCAAUACUGGCAAACGUUGGCCAUUAGAGCACGUGCUGAGGCAGCAGGGCAACGUGCUAGGGCACACAGUUUGAGCAGGGAACUCAAAAAAGUACAAUGUGACCUAAACAUGGCUAGGCUAGAAAUCCGUUUACUCAGGCAAGGUUUGGCGAAUAGUGGAGAUUAUACGGCUGUGGAUUCGUAUCAAAACCCAGGCAACCUACGACACCGCGCAAACAAUGGAAUUUGGCCUUCAUAAUGGGACAAUUUGCAAUAUAAACAAUCUUUUGUACAUAUCAGCCAGUAUCCCGGCACUAGUUAUAUUUCCUAGAAUUAAUUAUGGUUGUUGAUGUACCACCGAUCUACCUUAGAAUUAUCUUUUUUCCCCACUGCUAUCGGUGACAAUGUAUUUUGCCAGAAUAUAUUUCUUUGACUAUUGUGCA